GCCACACGUUUCUCGAAUCAUCUCAAAUCAUCUCGGACUUCAUCGUGGACACGAGGCUUGAGACCGUGGGCUGGUUUAUCAUAACCUAUAAGUUAUUUAUGUUUUAUUCUUCGCACAUGUGAGUUGGAACGAGAAUGCAAAUGACAAUGUCGAAGGCAUUUAAUAAAAAGGAAAUAUACAAAAAGCUUUUGUUAGAAGAUGAAUUUAUCUCCGACAUAUUCUCGAGAACGCCUUUGCCAGUGCGAGUACCGGUGGAACAAAAUCUAUCCUUGGAAAGAGAAGAAUCGAUAAAAAAGGUCAAGACAGUGCCAACUGGGAAAACAAAGAGGGCACAGACCUUUGAGGAGUUACAUGCAAAGCUGGAAGAGUUAAAGGGGGUUAAAAAAUUAGAUUACAAACAAAAGCUUCUCAAAAAGAAUUUGGAGAAUAGGAUAAAGAAGAAGACGAAGAGGGAGGAACGUUUGUUACGGAAGAAGCGUGCUAAGACGGAACAGAAUGCCGCUGGUGGUAAUAAAAUAAAGAUCGAAGAUGAGGAUACACCGAAAGUUCCUAAGCCAAAACCAGUGUUCAAUUCAGAGGGCAAAAUGGUGUUUAGUAAGUUUGAUUUCUCUGAGAUUGGUGUGAAGAAGAAAUUGCCUAAAAGUGACCCUAAAAAGAUGUUACAACAGCUGCAACAGAAGAAAGAAAAGUUAAAGCAAUUAGAGGAAUCAGGUGAUAAAGAAAAAGCUGAAGAAAUGAAAGAAAAGGAUGCGUGGAAGUCUGUAUUAGCGAAAGCGAGUGGUGAAAAGAUUAAAGAUGAUCCAGAGUUGCUGAAACGGACUAUAAAACGAAAAGAUCAACAAAAGAAGCACAGUGCGAAAAAAUGGAAUUCUAGGAUAGAGAAUGUACAAAAAUCUCUGCAGGAGAGACAGGAGAAGCGACAGGAGAAUAUUAUGAAGAGGAAAAAAGAGAAGAAAGCAAAUAAAUUGAAAAAGGCAGCGAAGAAAGGACGCGUGAUAUCCGGAUUUAAUUAAUUAUCUCUCUCGAAAAAAAAAACUUACUUUCCAUACUUCGUAAUAAAAAUUUAUAUCACGACACGAACACGCGUUCUGUUUCUGUUUAAAGAUAUAAUUUUUAUUUAUGUACAUUUGCGUGCGAAAAUGCCGGAAGUUCCUUAAAAAAUAUAUAUACAUAUGUAAAACUGAUGUUUACUACGAUAUCCUAUAUCUGUAUGAAACUCAUCUUUGUAUAGAAUAUUUGCAAAUUUUAUACAUUUGUCAUGUACAUUCUAGUACACUGUCGAGAGUUGUUUCCAUAAAACUCUAGGGUGUAGAAAGAUCAAGCUAAAUAUAUAUUAUACCAUGCGUUUCUGCGUUGGCGAAUAGAGCCGA